GGCUCCCGCGCUCCCCUCGCCCAGUCCCGCCGGCCCCAUGUUACUGAGCGGAGCUCCUCCGGCGGGCUCCGGCCCGGGGCCGCGGGCGCAGGGGGGCGCCGGGAGCGGCCCGGGAGGAUCCCGCCGGAGUGCCGGAGGUACCGGGGCCGGUCCGGGAGGGGGUGGCAGCGGUGGAGUAGCCAAGUGGCUCCGGGAGCACCUGGGCUUCCGCGGGGGCGGGGGGGGCGGCGGCGGCGGCGGAGGCGGGGGGAGCAAGCCGGCGCCCCCGGAGCCCGACUACCGCCCCCCCGCGCCCGGCCCGGCCGCGCCCCCCGCGCCGCCCCCGGACAUCCUGGCCGCCUACAGGCUGCAGCGGGAGCGCGACUUCGAAGACCCUUACUCCUCCGGGGGGUCGUCGGGCUCCGCCGCCCUGGCCGCCCCCGCGGCCCCGGGACCCACGCCGCCCCCGCGCCACGGCUCGCCCCCGCACCGCCUCAUCCGGGUCGAGACCCCCGGGCCCCCGGCGCCCCCUCCCGAGGAGCGGAGCUCGGGAACCCCGGCCAGCAGCGACAGGUUGGCAAUCCUAGAAGACUAUGCGGACCCAUUUGAUGCUCAGGAGACUGGUGAAGCCACCUCAGGUGCUCCAGGGGCCCCAGAGAAGGUGCCUGAAAAUGAUGGCUACAUGGAACCCUAUAAGGCCCAAAAAAUGAUGGCUGAGAUCCGGGGCUGUAAGGAGAUGACAGCUCAGCCCUUGCCCUUGUACGAUACACCCUAUGAGCCAGAGGAAGAGGGAGCCACCCCAGAGGCCGAGGGGUCCCCCUGGCCCCGGGAGUCCCGCCUGCCUGAGGAUGAUGAGCGGCCCCCCGAAGAAUAUGACCAACCCUGGGAGUGGAAGAAGGAGCGGAUUUCCAAAGCCUUUGCAGUUGACAUAAAGGUCAUCAAAGACCUACCUUGGCCUCCGCCUGUGGGACAGCUGGACAGCAGCCCUUCCCUGCCAGACGGGGACAGGGACGUCUCCGGUCCAGCCUCACCCCUCCCUGAGCCCAGCCUGGAGGACAGCAGCGCCCAGUUUGAAGGAUCCGAGAAGGGCUGCCUGUCGCCUGGCCGGGAGGAGAAGGGGAGACUACCUCCCCGACUUUCUGCAGGGAACCCCAAGUCAGCCAAGCCCCUAGGCACGGAGCCCAGCAGUCCCCUGGGCGAGUGGACAGACCCAGCGCUGCCGCUGGAAAACCAGGUCUGGUACCACGGGGCCAUCAGCCGAACAGACGCCGAGAAUCUGCUCCGGCUGUGCAAAGAGGCCAGCUACCUGGUGCGAAACAGUGAGACCAGCAAGAACGAUUUCUCCCUGUCCCUCAAGAGCAGUCAGGGCUUCAUGCACAUGAAGCUGUCCCGGACCAAGGAACAUAAGUAUGUGCUGGGCCAGAACAGCCCGCCCUUCAGCAGCGUGCCCGAGAUCGUGCACCACUAUGCCAGCCGCAAACUGCCCAUUAAGGGGGCCGAACACAUGUCCCUGCUCUACCCCGUGGCCAUCCGGACUCUGUAAGAUGGGAGGCCAGGGCACCAUGACAGAUCUGGACCCAGCCCCGUCACCUGGGAUCUAGUAGAUGUUGGAGACUCCUUAAUUUAUUCUCAAGGGCAAGGGCUACUGGGGCCUUGGAGUUAGGAGCGUGUCUGGAGAGACAGGAGAAAGCUCCUAGAGGAAGCGGACUCCAGAGCCUGCUGGUCUCCCGGAAGUUUGCCAACUGGCAGCUGCAAUCCCCAAUGUUCACCACCACCCCCCUCUCCCUACUGGGUGAGCCUUGGGAUGCUAGCCGCCCCCUCCGUCUCCAGCCCACCUCUAAAAUCACCCGUAGCCUUCGCCCAGCCUGUUGCCAGGGAUUGUGGGGGAGGCAGACCUCCCCCACCCUGGGAUGGAGAUUGGGGUGGUGGUGAUGGUGGUGGGGUUGCCCGUUGGGCGGAGAGAAGCAGAGAUCCCACUGUGGCCGAGGGAUCUUUGCCGCAGUCCCUGGGCCGCCCAGGCUCCCUGCCAGAGGCAGUAAAUAAAUCUGAUCCUG